CCUAAAAAUGAGCAACACCAUCAAUCACAACCCCAACACCAACACCAACACCAACACCAGCACAAAUAUUAACGACACUCCUACAAAUACCAGCACAAGGGUUGGACCAGGAGGCUCCACCACUGGCUCACAAGCUUGCGCCGCGUGCAAGUACCAGCGAAGAAAAUGCGCACCCAAUUGCCCUCUUGCUCCCUACUUCCCUGCACACCUACACAAACAGUUUCUCAACGCUCACAAGCUCUUUGGAGUUGGCAACAUCAUGAAAGUUCUCAAACAUAUUCAACCUUGUGAUCAAGAAACCGCCGUGAAGUCAAUCAUAGCUCACUCCAAUCUACGUGCCAUCGACCCUGUUGGCGGCUGUUAUAGGAGAAUUUGUCAAUUACAAAAACAUAUUGAACAAUAUGAGGCCGAACUCGAGCUUGUUCAUCAACAUCUUAACAUGUGUCGCGCAGCGCAAGAACAAGAAAACCCUAAUGUUGAUUCUUUGAGUGGUUAUGAUGCAACGUGUAAUCAAAUGAUGGGUUCUCAUCGAAGAUCUGAUUGUGAUCGAGGCAUUGAAGACGAUGAGUUGGUGUUUUUUGAUGAAGAUUGUUAUAAUAUGUUAGGGUUUGAUGUGGCGAGACAAUGUGCAAUUAAGGUGGAUGUGGAAGCUUCGUGUUCGUCGAUGGGGGUGAACGGUAAGCAAGUUUUUGUCAAUGAAUCGGAAGCUAUCAAACCACUUCUUGGAAUUUUUGAUGAAAAACAGCCUAUUGUUCCAUUUGAGUCCAAAGAAUCAAUUGAAUACAGGGAGCUGAAAGAAGAAGUCGACUCAUCAGUCCAACUGAAGCAAGAACAUGAUCUAAAGGGUAAUGCUUAUCUAUUUUCACUCACCAAUUCUAAUGAUUGAUUUACUGCUAGAAUAUGAAUUUUUCUUUUUCUUUUUUCUUUUUUUUUUUUAUUUUUUAUUUUUUGUGGGAAAAGAAAACACCGCUUCUCUUGUUUCCCUCUCCUAUUGUAAUGAUUGAAUUAGUGGAAGAAGAUUUUCUCACAGGAAGACCAUACGUCAUUUCUUGAAUUUUAAGAGUUUUUUUUUCCCACUUCCAACAUAGAUUUAUACCAGAAUAAUACUAGAGGUCUCAAAAGUUUUACCGAAAUUUUUACCAAAUGUCUUACAUAGGUGUGAGACUCAUACUAUGUGACUCAUGUGAUUUUCAUAUAGAUCUCACACUUACGUAAGACAUUUGGUAAAAAUUUUAGUAAAAUUUUUGAGAUGUCUAGUAUUUUUGUUUACACAAUAAACAAUGCAGUAGGUGAAAGAAAAUGUUAAAAUCCAUACAUAGCAACCCUCUUUCUCAUAUUACUAUUCAUUUCUUCCUUCUUCUUUUUUUCCUUAUUUUUUUUUUUCUUCUGUAACUUUCUUUGUGAAUUGUUGUUCAGAUUCUAGAAUAGAAAAGAAAAUAACCUAGAUGAUGCAAUUCUUUUUCUACACUACUCAUUUUGUAUUGAACAGGAUGUUUCAUUUUGAAUUUAGCAAUUAGUUUCUUACAAGUUCCUCGUGAUAAAGGAGUGUGGUUGCCUCGCCAAUGUUGUUUCAAGACAAUUUUUUUUCUUUCCCCAUUGUAGUGCAAUCAAAAUUCAAAUUUGCCAGAGAGAUUGUUUACUUUUCUUGUUCUUGUUCUUGUUCUUUUUUUUCUUUUUCCUUUUUUUAAAUGAUGAUUGCUUUAAUUAUCUCAUGAGUGUGCAAGUUGGUCUUCUCUAGCUCAUACGGCAUGAAUUGUUAUGAGUUGAAUGGUGAUCAGAAGUGUUUCGAAAUGUUUUCAUAAACAUAUUUUGUUAGUGCUUGAUUCAGGACAA